CAAAUUGAAGAGGCUUUUUCUGAUUUCUCUCCUUCUAUUUAUACUUCAUUUCCCUUGUUAGUUGUUACUCUCUUGCCCAACAAAUUCCACUCUUUUCUUUCAAGAUUUGAUUUGGUUUUGAGCUUUUGACUCUCGGAAAUAACCACCGUAGACGGCGGCGGAGAUGGGUAUUUGUAGUUCUUGUGAUUCAACGCACGUAGCGACGGCGAAGCUGAUUCUACAGGAUGGGAGGUUGCAGGAAUAUCCGUACCCUGUUAAGGUUUCUUAUGUGUUGCAGAAGAAUCCCAUGUGUUUUAUCUGCAACUCGGAUGAAAUGGACUUUGACGAUGUUGUUUCCGCCCUUAGCGACGACGAGGAGCUGCAACCGGGUCAGCUUUAUUUUGCGUUGCCAUUGAGUUGGCUUAAACACCCGUUGAAAGCGGAAGAAAUGGCGGCAUUGGCGGUGAAAGCGAGCUCCGCUCUGAUGAAGAGUAAUGAAAAAUGUGGGUGUCGCCAGAAAACGGUGUCUCCUCUGAUGUUCUCAUCCGAAGAGCCUCGCCGGAAGAAGACCACCGCCGGUGGUACUGGGAGAAGAGGGAAGCCGAGAAAAUUCAAGGCCAUGUUGAAUGCAAUACCGGAAUGAAAAGGGUAUUUCCCGAAUGAGGAGGGGUACAAAGUGCAAAUAUUGUAAUGAUUAAAUGUGGAGAAGGUAGGCGGUAUUUGGUGGCGGUGGUGGUGGUGAUGGUGGAUGUGAUUAGCUUUAGAUUGCUUACAAUUUUUUUUUUUUGGUGGUGGAUGUGAUUAGCUUUAGAUUGCUUAACAUUUACGUUAUUGCAUUUGCCCACAUGAGGGUUGUGUUCUAAUUUUACCCCUAUUUGGGUAGAUGAAAUAUUGAAAUAUUUUUGUAUUCCUUUUUAUUUCCAUUUUUUUCUCAAUCUUUUUACCCUUUUUCUUAAUUAAAAAGGCAUAAGGAA